AUGUUCGGUAAUCAUGAUUUAUAUAUUUCUGAUGAAUGCAAUAGCAAUUAUUUGUCUAUGCAUAAGAGAGAAAAUUAUGCUCGUAGGAUACGUGAACACGGUCACUUCCUGGUUGAAGAUUAUGAAGUGUUUAAAGUCACCAAAAAAAUCUAA